AUGGAGGGAUUUAUUCAUAAGAUAAAUAAUCUUCUAAAGAAUCCCAGGUUAGAAGAUAUACUUACCGUAUUUGAGAUUGAUGGGUACAUAAGGCUAAACAGGGUGUAUAUAUCUCCGUUUUCCUUAAGGCAGCUCUUAAUCAAGCUGGUAGGGCUGGAUUUGGUUUCUUGGCAGAUGACGCCAAGUGGGUUAUUCUUUCAGUUCAGGGCAUUCUGUCUUAAGUUUUAUGGGACUGUGAACAUAGUAGUUAAACAGAAGGUAUUCUGUAUAGAGAUUGACUUUGACCCUAGCAUCGAUGGGGGCGCAGGGGUUCCAGUACUCAGAGAGCUGGAGAGAUAUCUAAAGGGAUGUGACGCAUUGUUUUUCAUGACAUACUUCAUGGACAUCGAUAAGGAAAUACUGCACAAUCCACUUUCUGAGAGCUUAGAUUUCUUGUACAGGAAGAAUUCCAUAAGGAAAUAG